AAAAAUCCCAAAAAGCAGAGAGAUAAGCCUAGAACCACGGCGGAGUUUGGCGCCCACACCGAAACAAAGCCAUGGCGUUAGACCUCGCUCUUCAACCACCAACCGCCACCAACUUCCUCACUCAACUCCCCUCUCUCUCCCCAACCACCACCCAAAACCACUUGUCCUUCGCGCGGCGUCGUUUCACAUUUAAAUGCGCCGUGGAGUACAGCCGUGACCACUACAGCAGCAGUCUCCAAGUCCCGGUGGCCCACCCUAGACCCGCGGAGGUCCAGUGGAAGAAGGAGCUCUGUAACACGGUCCAGCUCAUCGGCGUCGUCGGGCUUCCCGUCGAGAUUAAGCACCUCCCCUCCGGUAAAGUCCUCGCCUGGACCCGCCUCGCCGUCAAGAAAUCCGCCACCGACACCUCUUGGAUUAAUUUGACAUUUUGGGAUGAUCUAGCACAUGUUGCGUUUCAGCAUUUAGAGAAAGGCAACCAGAUAUAUGUUUCGGGAAGACUGAUUUCGGAUGCUGUCGAAACCAGUGAGGGGAAACAGCAAACCUACUAUAAGGUUGUUGUUCAGCAGCUGAAUUUUGUCGAGAAGAGCUCCCCGUCAGUGAAUGGACAGGACUCGGAUUCCUUUACACCAGGCAGAAGUUCUAGCCACAGCUUUACAAAGCACACGGAAACCACACAAGAAUUGUGGCAAGCAUUCUUUGCUAAUCCAGGAGAGUGGUGGGACAAUAGGAAGACCAAGAGGAAUUCAAAAUAUCCAGAUUUCAAACACAGAGACACUGGAGAGGCCUUGUGGAUUGAAGGCCGGAACAAUCCACCAUGGGUGAAGUCCCAGCUUGCUAUACUAGAUACUAGAAUGGGUACCGCUAAUGAUCAAGACAAUAAGACGCAUUCAAACCUAUUUACUGAUGAUAAUUUUUUUUAAGUGCUGGAAGAGCUAGCUAUAGGAAACAGUUAUGAAGGGGGGUGAUUGUUGUAUAUUAUCACUUUUUGUUCAAGAUACUGACAAUUUUCGCUUUGGUUCUGUAGUAUGUAGAUUUUCCAAUUACUCCAUGUUCUGAUAAUUGGUUCUGUUGUACUAAUUGAAAGUUUGGGGCUUCACUU